UUUACUGCAAAAAUACAGUAUUUUGGACAUGAAACUUCAAAAUGGCAAUAUAACUGCACAUUUUUGCAGUUUUCUGCCUAAGUUCUUUUCAAUUUCAUGCCAUGAGAUUUGUGUCCUUGUGUGUGUGUGAACUGUGAAGCAUUAGCAGCUCAAAUGGGUGAGACAGAAAAUCUGGCGGGGAGAAGGGUGGGGGGCCCCCGAGUUAUCUUCGGUUAAAAGGAGCACGGGUGUCGACGGCAAUUAGCUAAUCUUGUGUUCAGUGGACUCAGGACUGUGCUGCUAGUUAAUCUUGAAUGGUGUAAUGAGAUUGAGCGGAGGCUGUCUACUACCAGUGUUGAUAGUGCCGUAUACUAGCCACACUGACGUCUGGACGCUCACCGUCAACUGCACGAUGCUGGACCUGGGCGCAGCAAAGAGACAGGCAGCUAUCACUGUUGAGCGACCUGGUUUUCGUCACCAUAAAAAAGAGAACUUUGUAUGUCAAUCAUCUGUGUCGCGCUCGGCGACAGAGAAUGGUGAGGAGGUCACCACAUUCCGGAAGCUCAACGCCACUUCCCCAGAGACGCCCAGUCACCAGGGCCUGCACCGGGAGCUUCUCCUCAGCCACAAGAGUCAUGUGACCUGUGUGUGUCCAAUCAGAGGCCUGCACCUGGAGGAGAAGCCAGAGCUGAAGCGCGUUCUGGAGCAGCGGCGGCUGGACCAGGACCGGGAGCAGGAGUUGGCCCUCCGCCCGCCCUCUGACCUGGAGCAGGAGCUCCGCAAACGCCAGCUCAGGCUGCAGGAGUAUGAACAGGAGGAGCUGAGGAGGCGAGAGGGCCAGGUGAACAUCCCCGAGUUUGUGCGCGUGAAGGAGAAGCUACGACACAUUAACCUGUGUGACGAAAGUGCCUGAGACACCAUUCCACAGCCAGAGUCUGGACGCGAGUCUGGACCGGAAUGUCCUUUCCUUUGUGACCAGUGAAAAAAAGUUGUUAGUGUUAGUGAUGUCAACAAUGUAUGGGAACACAUUGAUGAUGAGUGGACUGACAUUAUAAUAGUGCUGAAUACCCAAGCUGAUUUUCUUCAUACUUAGAGGCAAAAACUUCUAACUGAAGUGAAUAUUGAGCCUGGUGGUUUGGAGUAAUUGUUCUGUGAAUGCAUUAUUUUCUAUUUCAUCUUUUUUUUUACUUACAAGAGAAAGAAUGUGAAAACAGGCCAUCCCUGUGUCAUUGUCUUAAGUUUGACCAGUUCUUUCAAAUACCAUUUGUAUUCAUAAUUGAUACUAUAAUUAUUUUAUCAUUUGUAAGAAACCCAUGUAAUGCUAUACUGUAGAAGGCAGGACAGUUACAUACAAGCACACAUGACCUUUGCUAUGGUCAGACUGAUGCUUAUAAAGGGGGAAAUUACAUACAAACAAAUAAACUCCUUUGACCAUGUUUCCAACCUU